AGAGAGAGCCAGAACAGCCGCCGAUUAUACCCCAUUGAUGGAUUCAGCAUUCAGCGGACUUGGAGCAGGAGCACAGGUGAUGAAGACACGGAUUUUCCAUUUCCGGAGGGAGGCAACCCGCUUCGAUUAUUUGCAUUUUCACGCCAUGAUUGAACGACCGUUACGACUCGACGUAGACAAAGUUCGGCAUUUUGACGACCCAUUUCAACCUGCAUGAUCUAUACGCCACCCGGCCAAUACCUCCAGCCCCUCGACAGCAUAGCAUGGUUGGAGCCAGGUUCUGUUUCUCUACGUUCUAUUUCUGCAACGUACUUCGAAACACUCGAAGGCCCGGGGAUUUUGUUACUCUUCACCAAUCUCUUGCCCCCUUUCUAGCUGGGCUUGACAGAACCAGCCGGACUGGAAGACCUCGAAACAAAGACAUCGUCCCAGAGGCAACCCUGGUUGUCGGCCAUGGGAAAUACCAAACUGCCGCAUUUCGGCUGGGCCACUUCGUUUUCCUUGUUUGUCUCCCGGUGCUCCGAGUCUCGCUGCUGGACGAGCUACCCAUGGGAACGGAACUCGCCUCCGGAUGGGACGUCUCGCGAAGGUCAGGCUGAUUUGUUCUCUCUGCAUUCUUUUGGCAUAUUACCUCAGGAGGCUGAGUAUUGGUGUC